AUAUCCUUUAACUCUAAGGAAUCUGAAACAUCAGUAUUCAGUGUGUAAAAAAUAAUAAUAAUAUAAAUAAAACUCCUGAAAUUGCAUUUGAUCUCAAAAAACAUUCAAAAAACCAUGCAUACGCUUUUUACGGAUCAGAAUUCAUUUUCGCGUCACUAUGCGCAAACCGCCGGUUAUCCCACAGCGGCAACUGCCGGCGCCAUGACAACAGCAUCCGCUGCAGCCGCAGCGCAUUAUGCUUAUGAUCAAUAUUCACGCUAUUCAUAUCCUGCUACCGCUUAUGGCCUAGGUGCGCCACACCAGAACAAGGAAAUUGUCAAACCGCCAUAUUCGUACAUAGCAUUAAUAGCCAUGGCUAUACAAAAUGCACAAGACAAGAAGGUCACACUAAAUGGAAUCUAUCAAUAUAUAAUGGAACGGUUUCCGUACUAUCGAGACAACAAACAAGGCUGGCAAAAUUCCAUACGUCACAACUUAAGUCUGAAUGAAUGUUUCGUGAAGGUGGCACGCGAUGACAAGAAGCCGGGCAAGGGCUCUUACUGGACACUUGAUCCUGAUUCUUAUAAUAUGUUCGACAAUGGCUCAUUUCUGCGUCGACGUCGUCGUUUCAAGAAAAAAGAUGUUCUACGUGAAAAGGAAGAAGCCAUGAAACGUCAGGCUAUGAUGAACGAAAAACUUGCGGAAAUCAAGCCACUGAAACUAAUGACGAAUGGUAUACUUGAUCCCAAGCAUAUGGCACAUACGCAUUUCAAGAAAGAACCUAUCAUGGAAUUAGGUUGCUUAACGGGUAAAGAUGCACACGGAGGACUUAGUUCGGCUAUGCUUAAUUCUUGUCACGAUAGCUUAGCACAAAUGAAUCACUUAACUGGUACCGUGGAACAUGGUUUUACAGUAGACUCGCUGAUGAAUGUUUAUAACCCACGCAUACACCACAGUGCUUAUCCAUAUCAUUUGAACGAGGACAAUCUGACCGUAGCUUCAUCGCAAAUGCAUGCUCAUCAUGCGGCCGCUGCGCAUCAUGCACAACUUCGCCAUCAUCAUAUUUCACAUUCGCAUCCACUAACGCCUGCAAGUGGUCAUCAUGGCAGUGUGCAAUUAGGUGGCAUCAGUUCAGGCACCACCACCAAUUCGUCAGGUGCUUCACCUACAACCAUCGCAACUCCGCACGGACCAACACAUGGUGGUUGGUAUACACCAGAAACACCACCAUCCGAACCAAUUGGUAAUGGUACUGCAGCUGGCACGCCCACAAAUAGUAAUAACAACAACAACAGCUCAAAUGUACACAACAACAACACUUCAGUGGUGACAAGUAGUCCUACAUCCGUUAUUGGACAUACUGCACUGGGUUUCCGCGAUAUCAUAUUCGAACAAAAUCAAUCCUGCCAAAUGGACACUGGCAGCCCCAACGGCAGCAUACAGUCCGCAAGUCCGCCGGCCAGUGCCAGUGUUGCUGCAGCAUCCGCUGCAGCUGCCGCCGCAGUCAUCAAUAGUCAUCAUCAUCAUCAUCACCAUCAUCAUUUAAAUGGCAACUUGAGCAAUUUAAGCAAUCUAAGCAAUUUAAGUCAUUACCGUUCACAUGUGGGACACUACCAGGACUACGGCAUCAAAUACGGCGUCUAGGCGACUUGUACUGCCGUUUUGCCGUUUAUGUGCCGUUUUUGUGCCGUUUAUGUGCCGUUUUUGUCGUUAAGGUGGCAACACUCCCACUUGUAUGUUAAGUUUUUAUUUAAUUCUAACAAAAUGUAAAUUAUUUUUGUAA